GUUGGAGUCGCAUCUCGCCGCUGUGGGCGACAUUCAUUCAUGUUCCGGGGCCGGGCAGUCGGGGGCUCCACGUGGAGUUCCCAGCAGAGAGACUGCGGCACUGGUGAAGGUUGACGCUCGGCGGAGCGAAACGACGGUGAACGCCUCAAGGCCCCCCCAAGUCGAAUAAAGUCACACUGUGGAUUCCUCAGGGUUCCAGUGGCAAGGUCAAGCAAGGUGGUAACGAGAUUGAGGUCGCGUGACCUGGAGAGAAAGAUUGACAAUGAAAUAGUCUUUGGGUCUUUCGGUAAAGUCACGUAGAUAGAAAAAUAAAGAAAUAUCACGACGUUUCGAUCGUAACACAAGCAAUCGUCAUCAGGUAUGGCAGAACUAAGCAAAACGGAAAACCUUUCAACAAUACCUGGUGUUCCAUACUCUGUGCAUGUGCUGAGGGAGGGAUAUUGCUACAAGGACAGUGACAGUCACACUCACGCAGAUGGCACUGUGACUCUCCUGUUGAGUGUGCCGGGAGAAGCAGAAAGACCUUGUGCCAUCCUGGUGGACACUGGAGGGCCGUGGGCCAAAGAGGAACUCAUCACCUCCUUGCAGCGGACGGUGCAGGGCUGUGUGCAGCAGAGUCUGGCGCCGAGUGAUGUCUUGCAGCUGGUGCAUACGGUGGUGUGCACGCACGGGCACUCGGACCACGUGGGAAACGUGGGGUUAUUCCCUCACGCUCGGAUCAUCAUGGGGUUUGAUGUGUCCCAGGGAGACCUCUAUGAAACACAUGGGCUUGCUGAGGGAAAGGCGUACGUGAUAAAUCCAUAUGUGCAGGUGAUACCCACACCAGGCCAUACAUGUUCGGACGUGAGUGUCGUUGUUCGCGACACAAGCGUUGGCACUGUCGUGGUUGCCGGAGACGUGUUUGAGCGGAGUAAUGAUGACGACGACUGGAAGGAGCACAGCCAUGAUCCUGUCACACAGCAGGUCAGUCGGUCAAAAGUUGCAUCAUUGGCUGAUGUCAUUAUUCCGGGACAUGGGCCACCGUUUCGAGUGAUGAACAGCCCGGCAGCAACGGCCGCAACAUUAACCUUGAAGCCACAUUGUGACGUGUAACACAUACGUCUUGCUGCCACUGAAAUAACGAAAGUACAUUUGAACAGGUGAAACGACUCGAUAAUUCUGUAACCAGUGUCUGCGUGAUUUGAGUAAAACGUCGUACAGUGAAUGGGGCAUGUUUUUCUAGAUCUUCACUUAUUGCAUAUAACAGCAAUAUGUUCAGGAGCUAGAUGCCAAUGAUGAGGUUUGCUCGUCACGACGAGAGGGCCUCAGGAGAGAGUUCGUGUCGUUGUGCUGUUCCUCCGCUGAAUUAGUGCAGGCUACAGUGGAUUACUUCAGAAGAGCCGUAAACUGUUAUUAAUUUGUUGUGCUUUGACAGUGUACAUAAAAGUGAAAUAUGUCAAAGGCUGCAAGAGUAGGCCCAUUGUGUGCCGGCCGUCAUGGUCCAAAUUUGAAAUAUCACCAGAAAAUUACUCCACUGGAAUAUACAUAGCAAUCAUCUCCCCCGUACUGGCAAACAAACUUGAACAUGAGUUAUGAGACUCAGGCAUGUUUGGGUAAACAAGCAUAAUAAACAAUAUGUGUAAUUUA